AUGACUGUUGAAGAUUCGCCCACUCGUGAUCUGCUAAACAAGAAUCUCGAAUCAAACCGGGCAAAGGAGUUAGAACAACUUCUUAAACCAGCUGUUGAUCUUAUUAUAGAUUUUGUCAAGAAAACAGAUGCUGGGGAGCAGGGAAUCGGCCCACAUUUUGACAAUCCUCGUGACCUAUACAAGAUACUGGAUCUGGAUCGGUUGGAUGAACUAUUUAAGAAGCCAGUGAAAAAUGGCUCUUCUGAUUCGGCUGAGAAGAUGAUCGCCACAUUCCGAACAAUAUUGCACAAUUCCGUGAACACGUGGCAUCCUGGCUUCAUGGAUAAGCUAUAUGCAUCGUCCAAUGCAGUUGGAAUGCUUGCAGAUCUCUUACUAUCAGUUCUAAAUACAAAUUCGCAUGUCUUUACAGUCUCUCCAGCAUUGACUGUAAUUGAACAGAAGGUUGCACAGAAGUAUGCUUCCCUAUUUGGAUAUAAUGGCGCUCAUGCUGGUGGAUUGACUUUCAAUGGUGGAUCGUGGUCCAAUAUAACCAGUCUGCAGAUGGCAAGAAGUCUUUUAUUUCCCGAAACCAAGUUGCAAGGAAACGUGAAGAGGUUUGCCAUUUACACAAGUGUGCACUCCCAUUACAGCGUGGAAAAGGCGGCAAUAUUGCUAGGUCUCGGGGCGAAUGCCGUGUUCAAGAUCCCAGUCGAUGAACAUGGUUGUAUGCGUGUUGAGCUACUUGAACCUACGAUCAAGACCUCAAUUGAGAAAGGCUACACUCCACUCUAUGUGAAUGCCACUGCGGGAACAACGGUGUUUGGUGCAUUUGAUCCAUUCAUUGAGAUUUCUCAAAUUUGUAAGAAGUACCACACCUGGUUUCAUAUCGAUGGCUCGUGGGGCGGAAAUGCGAUCUUCAGCACAAAGAGAAAAGUUGCCUUGAAAGGAUGUGAGCUUGCUGAUUCCAUCACAUCAAACCCUCACAAGAUGUUGGGCGUGCCAACAACAUGCUCAUUUUUGCUUGUUCCCGAUGCCAGAAUAUUUACACAGGCCAACUCCUUGGGUGCUCCGUAUCUUUUCCACAACAUCAGAGAUGAAGGUGAAAACUUCGACUUGGCCAGAGGUACCAUGGGAUGCGGACGCAGAGCAGAUGCUCUCAAGUUCUAUUUGGGCUGGCUCUACUAUGGAACUUCCGGUUAUGAACAGAGAGUAGAUCACGCUUAUGACGUUGGAGAGUACUUUGCCAGACAGAUCUCAAAAAUCAAAGGCUUUGAUCUUGUCAGCAAUAUUCCUCCUCCAUGUUUGCAGGUCUGCUUUUACUAUAAUCCAACACCCGAUAAAAAGCUUAGUGGUGAGCAACUGACGAGGGUCACAAGGUUUAUUGCACGCAAACUACACACUUCGGGAAACUUCUUAACUGAUUAUGCACCGAAUCCGGACGAUUCUGUUUCCGGAGUUGACCACGGCGAAUUCUUCAGGGUAGUUUUCAACUCUCCUGUCGUCACAGCCACAAUUAUUGACGAGUUAAUUGCCUCCAUCCAGAAGUUUGGAAAAGAAUUUAUACCUUUAGACGAGGAGUAA